AUGAUUUUCUCUAGCUCACUCUUUUUUAAUAGAUCGACUUUUUGUGAUGGUGGACUUCCAAUCGCGAUUGAAAUCUUUUUCAAAGUUUCUCACGCAGAGUUGUACGCGGAUAUUGGUGCAACGUUCCUCCGGCAGGCAUCGGAGCUCCUCCUACGUCAGAGACCAACACUUCGAAUUUGGACUAUCAAAAUACCAGGUAAGAGUGAUGGCGAGUGCAGCGUUGGUCCUGCUGCUAGUGUCUUUUUCAAAGGGGCCUUUCAGAAGCUGUGGGAUCAAGGGUACAUAGUUCAUGAGCUUGGGAUGAAACCAAUUGAGAAGGCAGAUUCGACGGAGGACGGCGGAGUAACUCAAUAUCCACCUGAGAAGUCUGGUCUUACCCAAAUGGGUCAGAAUAUUAGCGGUACCCCGUUAUAUUCUGUCACUCCUACAUCCGUCUCAAGCCCUGCUUUGGAUGCCGCAAACCAAGGCAUACCCCUAAAUUUACCGAACAAUGGUGACGCCCCCUGGGUUCAGCAUUCUAGUCCUGCUCCAUCGAAAGAUGAUACUGCCCAACUGACCCCAACUAACACCGAUGCUUCGUGGAUUCGAAAGUCUACACUAGCAUCGAGUACGGAUGUCACCCAGCUGGUACCAACCACCGACGACCCCCAGAGCCUAAGUGCUGUCCCAUCAACCUUGCAUUCGGUCCCGGACCUUAGUGCCUUACCGGCGGCUGAAAAUUCAGACAUCAUCGGAGAAGCGGUGCAAGACCAUCCGACUCAGACGGUCGACCACAAUGUGAUUCAGAACAACUUUUCCUGGACUCCAUUAAUCACGUUAAUGUCGAGAGAAUUGUACUUUGUGAAAUGGAGUAAGAACCGUUAA